CGUUUCCAAGGGAACGGUCUCGCCACCACUCCCCCUAGGUGGGCUGGGACGCUGGCAAGCGACCUAAAGGACUGGGUAUCUCUCGAUGGCGGCCGCUGCCACAGCGACUCGUGGGAAACAGUAAACCAAGCCGGCGGCCGCCACACUAGCCACGUUGUGUGGAAGAUAAUCGGCAGACACUUUCAUCGCGAGGACGAAUACUGGGAAGAAAUUAAGGAAGACCAGGAAUAUUUUUGUAGCGACGACAAGGAAAGAAAACGUGAAGGCGACACCUGCCUCUGCAGCGUUUCUCCAGGAAGAGUAAGUGAAGACAGUUUUUCCUGCAAGGACUCGAGAAGACUCAGUGACGACGUAGACCACCACUGCAGUGAAGCUCACGAGAGAGUCAGAGGACAUGGUGGCCACUGUUACAGCAGCUCUUCGGUGAGGGAGAAGGGAGACCGCGGCUUCUGCAGCAGUGACGUGGAUUUAUGUGAAGUCACUGGCUCACAAACUAGCGACUCCGGGGUAGCAGUCAGAAAAGACCGCGUCCUGCACCCCUCUGGCUCUUGGCACAGAGUCAGGGAAGUCCAAGGCCUCCGGAUCAGUGACUGCGCAAAAGGAGUCGCUGACAACUGCAGCUGCCACCUCAGUGGUUCUUUGGAGGGAGAGAGCGUCGAUGGCAGCGACUGCCACUGUAAUUCUUGGGACGGACUAAGUGAAGACCGUGGCUACGCGGCCAGCGACUCCUCUGGACUGAGUGUCAGCGAAGACGCCGGCCGCCGUCUCCCAGGUUUCUGGGAGAGAGCGAGUGAAGACGAAGAGUCUUGUUUCAGGGGCUCCAGGGAAGGAGCAAGGAGGGGAAACUGUGGCCCCUGUCCUGGGAACGACGAUGAAGGCUGCCGCUGCCGCUGCAGUGGCUCAUGGGUGAAAGUGAGCGAAGACAGACGCCGCAGCAGGGAUCUGGACUCAGCCCGGCUCACCAUGCCUGGGGUGGCCAGUUCGGGCCCCUCCACUACCUGUAGGGAGACUACAGACUCAUGUUCUAGGAAGAAGGUGAAUCUUGGUAGCAUCCAUGAUGCAGUACGAGCUGGAGAAAUACAGCAGCUUUCGGAGAUAGUGGAACGUGGUGCCAACAUUAAUGAAGUUGAUGUUCUCCAUAAAUUUACCCCUCUACACUGGGCAGCACAUUCUGGAAGUCUGGAGGCUCUUAUAAUCAAUGGAGCAGAUCUGACAACUCAAGAUGAUCGUGGAUGUACUCCUUUACACCUUGCUGCAAGUCAUGGUCAUUCUUUCACUUUACAAACAAUGCUCAGAAGUGGAGUGGAUCCCAGUGUGAAUGAUAAGAGGGAGUGGAAACCUGUACAUUAUGCAGCUUUUCAUGGACGACUUGGCUGUUUACAACUUCUUGUCAAAUGGGGAUGUGGUAUUGAAGAUGUGGACUACAAUGGAAAUCUUCCAGUUCAUUUGGCAGCCAUGGAAGGCCACCUUCACUGUUUUAAAUUCCUACUCAGUAGAAUGAGCAAUGGCACAGAAGCUUUAAAAGCCUUCAAUGACAAUGGAGAGAAUGUGGUGGACUUGGCCCAGAGGUUCUUUAAGCACAAUAUUAUACAGUUUAUCCAAAGGGCAGCAUGGGGAGGAAAUAACCCAGAAGAUCAGGAAAUGUUAGCAUUUCCGGGUCAUGUGGCUGCCUGUAAGGGUAAUUUGGAAAUGCUUAAGACAUUAUUAGAAGAUGGCAUAAUCAACUUUAAUGAGCGUGAUGAUAAUGGAUCAACUCUGAUGCAUAAAGCUGCUGGACAAGGCCACAUGGAGUGUUUGCAGUGGCUAAUAAAAAUGGGAGCUGACAAUAAUAUCACCAACAAAGCAGGGGAGAGACCCAGUGAUGUGGCUAAGAGAUUUGCCCAUUUGGCAGCAGUAAAACUGUUAGAAGGGGCACAGAAAUAUGAUAUAGAUGAUGAGAAUGAAAUAGAUGAAAAUGAUAUGAAGUUUUUUAUGAGGCAUGGUGUGGAGGGAAGCACUGAUGCUAAGGAAGAUUUAUGUCUGAGUGAGUCGGAUAAAACCGAUGCCAGAAUGAGAGCUUAUAAGAAGAUUAUAGAAUUGAGACACCUACUGGAAAUUGCUGAGAGCAACUACAAACAUUUGGGUGGGAUAACAGAAGAGGAUCUAAAGCAGAAGAAAGAACAGCUUGAGUCUGAAAAGAUCAUCAAAGAGCUGCAAGGCCAGCUAGAAUAUGAACGACUACGCAGAGAAAAAUUAGAAUGUCAACUAGAUGAGUAUCGAGCAGAAGUAGAUCGUCUCAAAGAAACAAUAGAGAAAAUUCAGGCCCCUAACUCAGUGGCUAUGGAAGAUGACUCAGGUGAGUCCAGCAAAGAGAAGAGGCAAGUGAAGAAAAAGAUGUCUUCUGGGGGGAUGUUUGUAAGAAGGUGCUAAUCAAUGAAGUAACUUUAAAUGUUUGAUCUUCCUUUCAUUGUAAAAAUUAAAUGUAUAUAAAUCUAUAAAAGGGUAAACAUAGUUAGCUCUACAUGUACAAUUAGAUUUUGCUAUCUUUACCUUAAAUUUUUCAAAUCUGGUUGCAGAAAGUACCUUUCAUUAAACUUCACUGGCCAAAGGACAAAUCUAAUGGGCAUGUUUAGGGCUCAAAUCCAACAGAAGAAAAGUGGGAUGGCCCAGUGCAGUUAAUAAUAUGGAGUACAGUCCCUUCCAGUACACUUCCAGUUUACUCUGAUAUGUCUAUAUAGCAAAUGAAGAGGAUUUUGCAAGUAUUCACAUAAAUUAUAAAAUAUAGAUGGUAUAGUCUAAUCCAGUUAUCUAGUUCUAGAUGUUAAAAAUUAGUAAAAAUUCUGUUUUGGCUCCAUGAUAGGAAUAUAUUAUUUGUCUCACUUUUCAGAGUAACCUCUGCUAAUGUGCAUAAGUUAUAAAAUUUUUGCUUUUUUCUGAUUAUUUAACUUUAAAUACAUCUAGUCUUGGGAGAAAAUAUAAAGACCAGUAAAUUUUAGAAAAAAACAACUUUACUGUGGCAACCGUUUUACAUAAAAGGAAAAUCUCAUUUAAAAAAUGUGCUUGCUAAAAAUGUCCAUGUAGGCUGGGCCAACCCCUCAGCUGAGAACACCUGGGCAGACCCAGCAUGGCCUAGCCACCUUGGACUGCUGCCAUUGGGCCCACCCCUUGGCCGGGAACACCUGCGCCACACCCAGCAUGACCUAGCUACCUCGGAUUGUCACCACUGGGUGCACCCCUCAGCCAGGAACACCUGGGACACCCCUGGUACCACUGAGCCACCUUGGACUGCUGCUGCAGGCCCACCCCUUGGCCCACACGCCCUGAUCACUGCUGCAGCCCCAUCCCUUGGGAACCCCCCCCCCUUGACCUAGUACUGCAGUUGAUCUUUGGAUACAGUCCCUUCUCCCAAAACCUUGGACUACAGUGGAUUACUGUGCUGGCUGGAUAUGAGACUUAAGAACCUCUCACCCAAACAGAAGACCUCAGCAGGCACCAGUCAGUGUGGUGAGUUUGCCCCUAAAAUAGAGGUCCUCAGUAGGUAAAUAGGAGCGGAAGUGAAACUCCCUCCAACUGUAAGACCUUGAUGAACCUCUCAAGAGAGUGGGUAAUCCUCUCCUCCACACAGAGAACAUCAGACAGGUUGAGGAGUGUGCCAAUACCCCCUCCCCCCCAGCUUGGAGAAAAUUAAAAGAGCUUAUGAGACCUCCAGUGACACAGUAGGUCCUCAGUUGACACAAACACUAUAGACAGGGAGAUCUGGUGACCUGCAACAACCUGAAGACAUAGCAACAGCAGGAACUAAGAGUUGACCUACAUCAAUACUUCUAGGCUAGUUAGCCCAGAAAGAAUACAGGAUUCACCCAACAGGCCCUGCAGGAGGAAUUCAGGUGACUGGCUCCCCUCUUCAUUGUGGUACUCAGCAAUUGGACAAAUAUCAACCACACAGUAGGACCCUAAAAUUCAUACUACACACAGUUGAGACAGUUGGGAUUGAAAGACCAAAUAUUUUCCCAAAAGGUGAAAAUGACAAAACAAAAAGGCAAAAUGCAAUCUCUAACAUCUAGUCCUUUAGGACCAAGUAUAGACAACAUUGAAAUAGAGGACUCUAAAAGUCAUACACCAGAAAUCUCUGAAAAGAUAGCAAAUGAUGUAAAGAAACAAAUCCAUGAGGCUAUAGAGGAAAUCAAAUUAGAAAUAAUACCUUAUGUAAAGACAGAAAUAACAACCUUAGUUAGAUGAGUUGCUCAACAUAGCUAGGGAAGAAAUAGAUAAAAAAAAAAAAUACAAGAGCGUGGGAAAUUGAAACUGAAUGAAUGAUGCAGAAAACAAGCAAAAUCCAGGAGACAAAUUCAAAGAGAUAUCCAAGAAACAAAAAAUUCUAUUGAAAGCUGGCAAAACUAUUUAAAUGAAGCUGAGGAUAGAAUUUCAUACCUUGAGAACAGGAUCACAGUGAUCAUGAAAGGGUAGAACUUAUAAAAACAACAAAGCAGCAUGAAAUGACAAUCCGGCAGCGUCAAGACGAUGCCAAGAGAAACAAUAAAAGACCAAUAGGCAUCAGUGAAGAUGCAGGAGUCAAUGCAAAUGACCUAACGAAACUACUCAUAGAAGUAAUAGCAAAAAUUUCCCAAACAUGGAGAAAAAAACUGAUAUACAAAUAAGUGAGGCAUACAGAAUGCCAAACAGUUACAACCAACAUAAAUCUACACCCAGACAUAUAAUAAUUAAGAUUCCAGACAUACAGCAUAAAAGAGAAUACUAAAAGCUGUUAAAAAAAAGACAAAACGUACCUAUCAAGGAAAGCCUAUUAGACUCACGGUAGACUUUUCAUCACAAAUCUUGAAGUUAAGACAAGCUUGGAGUGGAAGUAUUUCAAGCCCUAAAAGAAAACAACUUUGAACCCAGACUGGUGUACCCAGAAAAACAGUCUUUCAGAUUUAAUGGCAAAACAAGAUACUUCCAUGACAAUGAACACCUGAAGGAAUUCAUGUCCACCAAACCAACCCUAGAAAGAGUAUUGAAAAACAUACUAGAUAGAGAUAAAAAUGACUAUAAUCUCCAGAACAAUAACAGAAAGAAACCACCAGGCUGGACAAAAAUUAAACAAGGGAGAGAAGCAGGAAACCAGCAAUAGGAACACAGCAUGGCAAAGUCAAGCCAGUACAUAUCAGUGAUAUCCAUAAAUGUAAAUGGGCUCAAUUUACCUAUCAAAAGAAACAGGUUGACAGAAGGGGUCAAGAAACAGGAUCCCACAAUAUGCUGUAUACAAGAAACACAUCUGACUCAAAAAGAAACUCACAGAUUAAAAGUCAAAGGAUGCAAAAAUAGUAUUCCAUGCAACAAGACCCCAGAAAAAUGCAGAGAUAGCUAUUUUGUUUGCAGACAAAGUGAACUUUAAACCUAAAAGGAUUAAAAGAGAUAAAGAAGGCUACUUACCUGUAAGAAAACAACUACAAGAGGAAGAACUAACAAUUAUAAAUACAUAUGCACCAAAUACAGGAAUACCCAACUAUAUAAGACAAAUACUAAUGGACAUAAAAAACCAAAUACACAAGAACACAACUGUAAUAGGAGACCUUAACACCCCAUUGUCACAAAGAGAUAGAUCAACUAGACAAAAAUUCAGCAAAGAAGUAACAGAACUGAAUCAUACCUGUGAGUGAAUGGACUUAAUGGAUGUUUAUAGAGUGUUCCACCCAACCACAUCAGAAUAUACAUUCUUCUCCGCUGCACGUGGGACAUUCUCCAAAAUAGACCAUAUAUUAACCCAUGAAGCAUUCUUAACUAAAUGCAAAGGGAGCAAAAAGAUCCUAUGCAUAAUAUCUGAUCAUAGCGCACUACAAUGAGAAAUCAAUGGCAGAAACCCUGCAAAACCAGCAUAAAUGCAUGGAAAUUAAAUACUAAUCUUCUGAAUAACCAGUGGGUUACAGAUGAAAUUAAAGGAGAAAUAAUACAAUGAAAAUGCAGAUACAACAUACUGUUAUCUAUGGGAUGCAAUGAAAGCAGUCCUAAGAGGGAAAUAUAUAGCAAUAAAUAAACACAUCAGGAAAAUGGAAUGAACACAACGUAAUGCUACAUCUCAAGCUUCUAGAAAAGGAAAAGCAAGUCAGACCCAAUGCUCAUAGAAGAGAGAAAAUUGUAAAGAUUAGAGCAGAAAUGAAUGCAAUUGAAACUAAAAAAAUAUUCAUUUUUUUUUUUUAUUGGUACUGGGGAUCGACUCAUGACUGCGUGCUUGCAAGGCAGAUGCUUAAGCUGCUGAGCUAAAUCCCCAGCUAAACUAAAAAAAUACAAAGAAUUAAUAAAUCAGGAGCUAUGUUUUUGAGAAAAUAAAAUUGAUAAACCCCUGGCCAACCUUAUAAAAAAAAGAAAAAAACUCAAAUCCAUACAAUAAGGACUGAAAAGAAGGAAAUUACUACAGAUCCCAUGAAAAUUCAAAAGAUCACAGACAUCUACUUUGAAAAUCUCUACUCAGGGUGGAAAACACAGAGGAAAUGGACAGAUUUCUAGGACCAUUUUGAACUACCAAAGCUCAAUCAAGAAGAUACAGCGAUUUUGAAUAACCCAAUAUCAGCUACUGAAAUAAAAAACGUGAUUAAAAACUUAAACAACAAAGGAAAGCCCAGGUCCAGAUGGAUUCAUGGCUGAAUUUUAUAAGAAAUUUAGAGAAGAUUUAAUGCCAGUAUGCCUUAAACUCUUCAAUGAAAUUGAAAGAGAAGCAGUCUUCUCUAACUGAUUCUUGGAGGCAAGUAUCACUCUGAUCCCAAAACCAGAGAAAGACCCAACCAAAAAGGAGAACUAUAGAUAGUCUCAGAUGCAAAGAUUAUAUAAAAAAAUUGCAAAUAGAAUGCAACAAAUCAUCAAGAAGAUUAUUCACCACAACCAAGUGGGAUUUAUUCCAGGAUUCCAGGGAUGGUUCAAUAUACAUAAAUCAACAAAUGUAAUACACCACAUCAAUAGAGCCAAAAAUAAAAAUCACAUGAUCAUCUCAAUAGACACAGAAAAAGCUUUUGAUAAAGUCUACCACCUUUUUAUGAUAAAAACCCUACAGAAACUUGGAAUAUAUGGUAUGUACAUCAAUCUCAUAAAGGCUAUUCAUGACAAACCAUCAGCCAACGUCAUACUAAAUGGACAAAACUGAAAGCCUUCACUCUAAAAUCAGGAACAAGACAAGGAUGUCCGCUAUCACCACUCCUAUUCAAUAUAGUUCUGGAGAUAGUAGCCAGAGCAAUCAGACAAGAGGGAGAAAUAAAAGGAAUGAAAAUAGGAGGAAGAAGUUAAAUUAUCAUUAUUUGCAGAUGACAUGAUACUCUACAUAGAAGAACUCAAAAGCUCCAUUAAAAGACUACUAGAGGUAAUAAAUUCAACAGCAUAGCUGGAUACAAAGUUAACACUCAAAAAUCAAUAGCAUUCUCAUAAACAAAAAAAUUCCACGAGAGAGAAAUUAUAGAAAUACCACCUUUCACAAUAACAUCUGAAAAAAUGAAACACCUAGGAAUCAAUCUAACCAAGAAUGUAAAAGACCUAAAUGCUGAAAAUUAUACUACUAUAAAAAAAGAGAUUGAAGAGUAUAUUAGAAAAUGGAAGGAUCUUCCUUGCUCUUGGUUAGGAAGAACCAACAUUGUGAAAAUGGCCAUACUCCCAAAACUGUUAUACAGAUUCAAUGUAAUCCCAAUCAAAAUAUCAUUAACAUACCUUACAGAUUUAGAGAAAAUAGUCCUAAAAUUCAUCUGGAAAUAGAAGAAGCCUAAUAGCAAAAGCAAUUCUGGGCAACAAAGGCAAGACAAGAGGAAUCUCAAUUCCUGACUUGAAACUGUACUACAAAGCCACAGUAAUAAAAAUCAGCAUGGUAUUGGCAAAGAAAUAGACCUGAGGAUCAAUGGAUUAAUCUAAUCUAAUCAAACAGAUUAGAAGAUGCAAACACUACUACAAAGAUACUCAGCCACCUUAUAUCUGACAAAGGGACUAAACAUGUUCAUUGGAAAAAAGAUAGCCUCUUUAAUAAAUGGUAUUGGAAAAAUUGGCUUUCCACAUGCCAAAGAUUGAAAAUAGAUCCAUGCCUAUCACCAUACACUAAACCAAAGUAAAAAUGAAUCAAGGAUCUAAAUAUUAAAACAGAAACACUAAAUCUACUGGAAGACAAGGUAGAUAAAAAUCUUGGGAGACAUAGGGGUAGGGAGAGAAUUCAUGAAUAAAACACGAACUACAUGGGAAAUACUUAAAAGAAUCAACAACUGGGAUGUCAUAUUACUAAAAAGUUUUUGCACUUAAAUCACCAAAAAUGAGAAGAAAACCCACAGAAUGGGAAAGGAUUUUAGCCAGCAACCCCUUGGACAAAGGACUUAUAUCCAGAACAUGUAAAGAAUUGAAAAAUCAUGGCCCCCAAAUUCAAAGACCAUGAAAAAAUGGGCAUCUGAGAUGAACACACAGUUCUCAGGUGAAGAUACACAAAUGGCAAAUAAAUAAAUGAAGAAAUGUUCACCAUCACUGGUCAUUCAAGAAAUGCAAAUUAAAACAGCAUUGAGAAAGAAUAGCUGCCAUCAAGAAAUUAACUAAUAAAAAUGUUGGCAAGGAUGCGGGGAAAAAGGAACACUAUUCCACUGUUGGUGGGAGUGCAGACUGGUGCAACCACUGUGGAAAUAAGUAUAGAGAUUCCUCAAAAAAGUAGGAUUGGAAGUUCCAUUCAAUCCUAGUUUCCCCUCCUGGGUAUUUUCCCAGAAAAAUUGAAAAGGUCAUGUCAUAGUGAUAUAUGUACACCAUGUUCAUAGCAGCACAAUUUGUGAUAGAUAUAAUAGAUAUUGUAAAUACAAUAUUUAAAUAUUGUAAAAAUGAAAGAUAAGGAAAGUGCUCUAAAAGAUAUAAUGGUAUCUAUAGUGUGUAAGAUAGAUGACAAUAUUACUAAAUUUCUAUUAGAUCAUUGAACAGAAGAGCUUGCACUGUCAAUGUUUGAGUGUCUAGCCACUUUUUAUGCUUUGAUUGUGUAACUUUAGCAACUAUUUUAGGAUGACAAUAUGUAAUAUAUCAAUUAGAGAUUUUAUGAUGUUAAUUUUUUUGAAUUUGUAUUCUUUUUUCUCAUUUUUCUACUUUGUUUUUUAAUUUUCUUUUCUUUCUUUAAACAAAAUAAAAAAAUUUUAAAUGCCCAUGUUAAUAAUCGGCUUCAGAACUUAACCUUUCUUCUAAAGGUUUAUAAGCUUUAUAAGAAAAGAAUAUAGAUCAGAGACAGACUGGACAGAAUAAGAAACAUAUGGUUUAAUUAUUUCUCCCCUAAAACAUUAGUUGUUUUUCGCUGGUCAAAAAUAGCUUAUGUUUCAAUUCAGUUUGAUUUAUACUUCUGAUUUUCCCUUCUUGUCCUGAGCUAGCAAAGAUUUGUAACUUUUUUGGGGCAGCUGUGUAGAACCCUUUUCCUGAAAAUCUGAUUGCUAGCUUUGGGGUUCACUGGAGGGAGCUUUCUCAUCAUUCACCUGGCUGCCCACCCUCAGGAUCCUCACAUACACUUCUUAAGGAUGCUAAAGGCUAUUUUUAUUUAUUUGGUAUCAGAAAUUGAGCUCAGAACCUCAUGCUUGCUAGGCAGGCACUGUGACACUGAGCUAUAUUCCAGGCCCUAAAGGCUAUUUAAAAUUUUUUAAAAUUAUUUUGAAGGUAGUAAAAUACAAUAGAACAAGACAGAACAAAGCCAAUUUAGACAGUGCAGUGAAAUUGGUACAGAAUGUCACAGCAGGUUACCAGGAUAACAGUAAUAGGUACCAUAGUAUAUCUUAUUAUCUUCAAAAUAGUUGUUCUUUCAAUCAGGUAUAACAAAAUCAAACCAAAUACAGAACAUUAUAGAGCUUAUCAAAACAGAAUAUUCAAUAGAGUAAUACAAUUAAUCAGAACCAAGCAAAACAGUGAUAACAAUAUUUACCUUCAAAGAGAUGGUAGAAGAAAAUACCCCCUAUUUGCUAUAUUGCAUAUGUUCAGCCUCCCAAGAGACGCUCAGACCUCUCGCUCCCAUUUGCUAGUGGGGGAAGGGGAGGAAAGGAUGCUUGAUUCUCAGCCCCCGACGGUAGGCAUGGCUGUUUACCUGGGAGGCAAGCGGGUUGCUUUGUUUCCUAGCACCCUAAGUUCCAAUAUGGUGUGGAUCUCAGAAGACACUGGCUGGUUCUCUCCCUGGGGUGGUCACUGCUUGCUUGAGCCAUGGCUGCUUACCAGGAAGAUGAGCUGGUUGCUUGGUUUCCCAGCACCCUAAGUUUCAAUAUGGUAUGGAUUUCAGGAGAUGCUGGCUGGUUCUCUCCCUGGUUGGCCACUGCUUGCUCAAGCCAGGCUGCUUACCAGGGAGGCCAGCGGGUUGCUUGGUUUCCCAGUGCCCUAAGUUCCAACAUCCCUAAGGGCUAUUUUAAAUCUAAUACCAUCAGCACUAGUUGAAAGUGCAUUCAAUUGCUGAGCCCAGUUUAGGUUGGCCAAAGGUCCAUAAGCAAGUGUUAAAAAAGCUUAGCUAUCCUUUCAAUAACCCUUUAUAUUCACUAUUGUUAGUGUCUUUGAAGUUUCCAAAAGUCUUUAGUCUAUAGUAAUGAUAUUUUCUGGGUACUUACUUUGGGUGAGCUCUGUGUCGUAUCCUUUACCACUUCUUAACUCUGUCAACAUCAAUACAAGGUAGGAUUUUAUAGACAAAGAUUGGGUAGUGGUACCUUGGAUUACACAAUGAUCUGGAGUUGGCAAUGAAAGUUGUCUUCAUUUUCCUAACCACUGCUAGAAUCCAAAUCAAUCUUUUAGGACUGCACACAACCUUAUUUUUUUCUCUAACUUUUUUUCCGCCUCUAACUUAAGAUGCUAAAGUUAAUUCCAACCCUGGAAUCAGUUUAUUAUAGUUGUCCUGGUCUCUCUCUGCCUCUGAUCUCUGUCUGUCCAUUUCUUUCUGUACCAGUGAGCUAUAAAAUACUAGAAAGUUGUAAUAAAAGCAUGUAUCUUGCGGCAGAA